AUGUCGCCGGCUGGAGGAGGUGACGAGCAGACACGGUGGUGGCCUCCGUCAGUCACCCUUCUCCCGCUGCUCCUCGUCGGCCGUUGCUUCUCACCGGCCGCCGAGCUCGUCGUCACAUGCUCGAUGACGCCUAGUCCCAACAUCAACGGCGACGUCGGCCGGGUCGAGUACCUCCUCAUGACCGCCGACGCCGAUUUCGACUACCGGAAGUUCGCAUCCGUUUUCGGUGAAGCCGCCGACGGAUUCCGGUGCGCAGUGUACGAUUAUCUGUCGACGGAGAAGAAGAUGGCGUGCGACAUUCAUGAGGUGUUAGCCGACGGCCUGAAAGUCCACCCGAGGGAGGCUUUCAGCAAGCUGCUGAAGGACGAGGAGAGCGACUCGAUUUUCCGGCUGAACCGGUAUCCGCCGUGCACGGGGGCCGGGGAUUCUGACCCGAUUGGCUUCAGGGUGCACACGACCCAUAAAUACUACCGGUUCUGA